AUGACGACUUUGUUGAUAACAAUUUUGGGGACCUCAAAAGUUAGGCAGUCAGCAAAGGACCUUGAAGGUCAACUCUACGAGGAUCUCCUCUUCGAUUACAAUAGAAUUCCCCGGCCUGUCAAGAAUAGCUCUGAUAUUUUAACUGUUGACGUCGGAGCAUCACUUAUUCGGAUUAUCGACGUUGACGAAAAAAAUCAAGUACUUACGACGAAUUUGUGGCUGGAAAUGGUAAGAUAA